CCAGGCUCCCGCGGCUGUUGUUCCCUUUCCCCCUCCCGUUCCAAUGGGCUGGUCCGGGUAGGUGGGGGCUGGACCCUCUGGCGGCGGGUAAGUGGCGGCGGCGGCGGCUACUCGGCUGGGCCUGGCGGGGUCUGUGCGGUCUAAAAUGACUUUAAUAAAGAAGCUGCAGUGUCCUAUUUUCUAGGCAAGUGGCUAAGUUGUACCUAAGUCUGUUAAAUUGAUGGUAAGUAAAUCUCAAAGUUCUGGGGUAUUUUUCAGUUUUUUCUUGAUAUACCACAGGGGUCGAUAACCUUUCAGAAGUGGUGGGCUGAGUCUUCAUUUAUUCAAUUUAAUUUAAGGUUUCGCGUGCCAGUAAUACAUUUUAACGUUUUUUAGAAGGUCUCUCUUUAUAAGUCUAUAUAUUAUAUAACUAAACUAUUGUCGUAUGUAAAGUAAACAAGGUUUUCAAAAUGUUUAAGAAGCUUCAUUUAAAAUUAAAUUAAAAUGCUGAUCUUACGCCGCUGGCCCGCUCAACCCACUGCCAGCCUGGAGUUCCGAAGGUUCAUCUGGGCUGGCAGCAAGCUGAGCGGGGCCGGCGGCUGGGACCUGGCAGGCAGCAGCUUGCCAUUACAAAUCACCUCGCAUGCCGUUGGUUACUGACCCCUGAUAUACUACAAUGCUAAAGUUCUUCCUUGUAAAGAUUUUUCAGCAUCACGAUUAUUUAACAUAACAAAACGUUGCUGGUAUUUAAAAGUUGGCUUGUGCCAACACUUUUAGCCAAGUUCACUUUCCAUUUUAAGUAGGAAAUGUAGAAUACUUUUAAAUAUAGUUGUGUUGUAAGUGUGGCAUUUUAGAGGUGCUGAAUGGCAGAAAAAAUAUUCUACAACCAAUAGAACUUCUCUUUAAAAAAAUCUAAUCUUUUAGAACAAUCCUUCAACAUGAAGAAUAUUUGCUUUCCCUGAAGUAAUAAAAAAUAUGAACAUAUAUUUGAUAAUUGAGUUGUGGUGUAAACACUUGCUUAAACACAUUUUAAAGCCCCUGAAACUCUGAAGAUAUUUUUUUUUUUAAACAUGAUUUUAUUUAUUUAUUUAUUUAUUUAUUUUAAGAAGUACUUGUUUUGGCAUCUUUUCAAGAGAGGACAACGACUCAUCAUAUUUGUGUAAUAUGCAGGAGUGGAGGUGGGUAACUGCACAGCUUCUUUUAUCAGAUAUGGACAUUGGCAGUCCAGUUCUCAGUGGACAUACUGACAACAAAUUUUAGAUUGUAUGGCCUGUGGGACAGGAUGAUCAUUUUGUUGUGUUUGUACAGCACCUAAUACAGUGGGGUCCAGGACUAGGACUCCUAGGUGCUAUAGUAAUACACAUACAGUACAGACCCUUUUACGUACGGAUGUCAGGAGUCAAGCCAUCAUGACCGCGUGUUAACGGACUGCGGGUUAAGAGGGCCAUACUGAAAAAAGUGUUUAUGAUUCACUUAGAAAAAAAUGCUGUUAUUUUCUGCUCUUUCUGGCUCGCAUUUUUUUUUCUUUCUUAUGAAGUCUGUCUUUCGCCGAAGAUGAAUGAUUUCGAUAUUUUCCGCAUUUUGCUCCUCCGUAAAUCUUACAACAGUUUCUACAGCACUAAGGGCUUCUGUGAGCGAAAUCUUGACCUUUUCAACGACGUUGUCGUCAUUGUCAUUUAGGCCUGCAUUAUUAGAAUUCUCGCCAUCACUUUCGCAGUCCGACGUAGCCUUGCAGCCCGUUAAUAUUUCUUCCUCGGACAGAAAUUCUGAAGUCGGGCAAUCUUCAUCCAUCUCUAGCCACCCGGUAAUGAUUUCCGGCGAUGUAUCCAAAGUAAAAUCUUUUAUCAUUUGAAAGAAAAGUUUACCUUUAUCCUCUUUUGUCUGCGUGCGUGUUUAUAGGAUGUCUUCUUCCGAAAAUCCUUCACAGUCUGGCUCUGAAUCAGUGCCACUGCUGGAAUUUUCCGAGUCUGAGCCGUCUUUGACAGAAAAGGCAUCACCGAAAGCCUUCAUCCAGCAGUUUUCAAUGGACUUUUGUUUUACUCCGUCCCAAGCUUUUUUAUCUAAAUAAAUAAUUUCCUUCAUGUUUAACUGUUUCAGGAGUUUGGAAAUGCCUGAAGACGUGCAUGACACGAUCGCCAAAAUCAUCUCCCACUGAUAACUGUUCUUAAAAUUCUGAAUAAUGCCCUGGUCUAAAGGUUGAAUUUUUGAUGUUGUGUUGAAUGGUAGGUAUAGCACUUGAAUUUUUCCAUCGCUCGAUACCAGUGAUUCAGCUGGAGGAUGGGCCGGACAAUUGUCAAGUAGCAAAAGUGCUUUGGCUUCGAGUUUCUUUUACCGCAGAUGCUUACAAACAGCUGGAACAAAGUUAUUGUGGAACCAGUCAUCGAAAAUGUGUCUCGUCAUCCAAGCAUUUUUGCUGUUAGCGUAUAUUACUGGCAGUUUGGCUCUGUUGAGGUGAUUAAAAGCAGCGAGGGUUAUGAAAGCGGCCAACGAGAAGAGGGGCAAGCUUAUGGCUGACCAUCUUAUUACUACAAAAAAGAAGAGUCACACAAUCUUUUUAAAUCCAGUUGUUUUCUGUGUCUCGUAAUUAAAGGCUAAAGUCUUAUCAGGUAGCAGUUUUGAAAAUAAAGCUGUUUCAUCACAAUUAUAAAGUUGUUCUGCGUGGUAGUCUUCAUUUUGUAAAAUAGAUUUUAACUCGGUGGGAAAUGCAUUCGCGGCCAAUUCAUCGGCUGAUCAGCUUUCUCCAUAAAUCGAUACCUGCGCUAUGCCAUGACGCUUUUUAAAAUGACUUAUAAACCCCUUGCUGGCUUGGAAUGAUUCAUCUCCCAUUAAAUUUCCAAAUUUUGUCUCUUGGGCUUGAAGAAUUAGCCCACAUAAGCGGCAUUCCUUUCAGCCUUUUCUGAGCAAACCACAUGUGCAUGGCUUUGUCUAUUGUGGGUUUUGCUGAAUAGCGCACAUGUUUUCGUUUAAGCCCCAUGGCAGAAUCGAUAUUUUGUACAAAGCCAUUCAGUUUAGAUUCGUUUUUUAGCCAUCCUCGGAGAGUAGAUUCGGCAAUCCCAAUAUCUUUUGAAACUUUGGCCUGGGUUUCUCCACUAUUUACUCCAUCUAUUGCAGCUAGCUUUUCUUCUACAGUGUAGGAACUCUGACGCUUGCCCUCUGCCAUUAUAUUAGGCCUACGGUUAAAAUUUUCUAAUGUAGUAUAUAUAUUAUAUAUCUCUCUAGCAUGACAAUGUCUAAGCAUGCGUGUUAUGUCUUUACCAAUAUCGAUAAAGACGUAGAACAUGUUUCUGCUCCGCACUUCCUGUCGAUUUCUAUGUCAGUGAGUUAAUGAGUAAAUCUGUAGCGCAACGUAGCAAGUUCCUGUAUCGCAUGUUAAUGAGUCUCGCGUGUUAAAUAGGUAGCACUGGGAGGCACGGCGCUACCGUGCUUUAAGAGGAUUCGCAUGUAAACAGGUCUGUACUGUAAUACAGUUGUGAUCCAUGUUGACAAUCUUCACAGAAAUACAUAGGUCUGAAAUAGCAUGGAGAUGAACUUCUCUUUCCCCUUGAUAAUUCUGUACAAUGUAAUGGCCAAAUUGGGUCAGUGGUGGGGAGUGGGGGGAGGAGCUCACAUGCCAGUACCCACAACUCACCUGUUCCACGGAUGAACAAAGGACUUGCCUGUCUAUUUGGCUCCCACUGAGACCACAUCUUUCACAAGCAGUAAAUUAACUGUCUUCAGCUGUAUAAGCAAUUCCUUCCACACUAUUCUACUUUAAAUUGUAUUUCAUGUUGUACCAGGAAACUCUCUGGGCCGAUUCAUGGAGCACUGCAGAUGCAGCGGGUAGGACCUUAUUGCUCCACAAUCCCUUUUUUGUUUGGCUGGUUAAAAGAGUGGUGUUGCAAUGGAGAGCCAAAUGCAACCCUGUUUUAAAUAAGUUUACCAAUAGACAAUUUUUUUUUCUUUGUAGCUAAUUAUUCCUGGAAUACACAUCUUACUUUCAACACUCUUAAAGGAAGAAUCAGCUUUUUGUGUUUUUUGAAGGGAGGGUGGGUGGAUAGUUGAAACUUUUGGUCUUACAAGAAGAAAGCAACUCAAAACUAACCAAUAACCCAGUUUGUUUUCCACCUAAAGGCAACUCUUAUAACAUCUGGAUUCAUGCUUUUACUUUUAUUUAUAUGACUAUAGUAUGACAGGGUUCCCGGGUGCAGCCUGAACUAUGGGACUGCUGAGCUUCCCUCCCCCUCCCCUCCCCCCCCAAACUGGGCUCCCUCUCACACUGUGGCAGGCACUGCACUUACUCUUCACAGACACAACCAAUCGAGUUACAUGAAUGCUCCCACUCACUCAUGAACCAACAACAGAGAGGCUCCAGCCAGUUCCCCCCAGCUUCCCAGCCUUGUACCCCAGAACUGUACCACCUUGCCCUGGUUAGAAGCCUGACCAGUGUAAGUUCAUUACCAAGUCCACCCCUCCCUCAAUGUAGAGAGGACAUACACUAGCCAUUGUAAACUGAGCUGAGAUUUCCCAAACACUUCAGCUAAAAUACACUGUUUUAGAUAAAAUAUAAAACAGAUUUACUAAUUACAGAAAGAUAGAUUUUAAGUGAUUAUAAGUAAUAAGCAUAGAGAUCAAAGUUGGUUACCUAAGGAAUAAAAUAAAUUCACAGUCUAAGUUCUAUAAAGUAAAUGGGGUUGGAAUCAAGCAGUGCCUCAUCCUGAGAGAUGGUACAAACAAGUCUGGAAACUUCAAUACACAGGCUGGAACUCUCCUCCAGCCUGGGACCACCCUCCUGCGUUCAAAGUCUUUGUCCUCCAGACGUGUUUCCAGAUGUUGAGUUGUGCGGGGAGUGAGGCCAAGUCAUGAUGUCACUUCCCCUUCUUUUAUAGUUUCUUCCAGCCUGUUGGAAAGUUCUGUGCUUGUGACUGGGGGUCCACACUCAUUGGUCAAUCAUUCUCCAUUAUCUACAAUGUUCUUUCUCAGAAGUCUUCUGGGAUGGUAACUGGGAGUGUAGAUUCUCUUUAAUGGGCCAUCAGCUUGUCUGGCUACUUCAUUGCUUUACCUGAAAGACUGGUUGUGGGUGUUCCCAGCCUCAAACAUAUUUCACACGCGCGCACACACACACCAAAACUUCAUAACCUCACAUACAAUAAUAGCACAUACAAUCCAACAGGAUAUCAGUGUUCACCAGAUCAAGACUUUUAAAAUGAUUCGUCACAAGACAUACUUUGUACAAAACAUAUCAUAAUUAUAUGAUGGUGAAUAUGCGGGUUCUAGGGUGCUGCUUCGAGGUAGAGAGUGCCAAACAUAGUGUCCAGAGACCACCAGUAGGACUGGGGCUUCAUUAUUUUAGUUGUCUACCCCAAAGCACAACAAAAGACAUUUUCAAGUUUUUAAAAAUUACUAAAGUGCCGAUUAUCUCCACCUGCUCACCAUCUUAGGCAUCAUUAAUUGGUGGGGUUUUUGUAUGUGUUACAGCAGCAAUGGGACUCAAAGAACAGGUACUGGCCUUAUGCAUUAGUUAUUGUACUUGUUUCCAUGCUUGAGGAGUGAAAUUGGCUUUCUGAGGUGCUAGGCCCUUUGUCUACUGACUGGAAGUAAUUUCAUUAGCAAAGAAUAGAUAGAGUAAGAUUAAUACCAAAAGAAUUCAUUGUGAUAUCUAGUCUGAUCACCAGUAUGCAUAACACAGGUAAUAGAAUGCUCAGUGGUUAUGCACGGAGUCCAAUAGCUUGUGUUGAACUAGACUAUACUGUAAAGACUCCAAGUGAUGGAGAAUGUACCACUUCCCUGGUAAUCUGUUUCAGUGGUUAAUUACCCUUACAGUUAAAAAUCCAUCUCUUUAGUUCCAGUUUGAUCCAGAAUCUGAAAUAGAAAUCCUGAACCAAGUAUUAGGUAUGGUUUUAAUAGGUGCACAUGUCCAUGUUACCUACUGCUAUCAGCAUCCUCCCCUAAUCAUUGGUAGCACUGACAUGACUUUUUUUUCCCCCUAUGAAUCUAAAGGUGUCUCCAUGAAUAAUUUAAAUGAUCCUCCAAACUGGAAUAUCCAGCCUAAUCCAAGGGAAAAUGGUGGUGAUGGAAACAAAUGGAAUUAUGCUUUGUUGGUUCCAAUGCUGGGAUUGGCUGCAUUUCGUUGGAUCUGGUCCAGAGAGUCUCAGAAAGAGAUAGAAAAAGAAAAAAAAGAAUAUUACAGAAGACUAACAUCUGUACAAAGAGAUCUUGAAUCAAAAUAUCGUGACAUAAUCACAGAAAAUCGCCGCACAGUUGCUCACUUGGAGUUGGAGCUUGAAAAGGAACACAACAGAACCCUGAGUUAUCGUGAAGCCCUAAUCUCCCAGAGUCGCAAAUUAGUAGAAGAAAGAAGAGUUCUAGAACAGGAACAUGAAAAGUUGGAGCAAGAAAAGCAGGUUCUGCGGCGCUCAGGGGCAGCAGGUGCCUUGUACCAGAGUUGUCUUGCAAAAGAAGCACAAUGGCAAAAGAGAGCUAAUAUUGUAAUAAAAGAAUUUGAAGAAGCACUUUUAGAAAGACAAGAUAUCUACUGCAGUUUUGUGCUGCCCAGAAACCAGCGACUAGAAAUAGAGAAAAAUUUGCUAGUUAGAGCUGCAACUGAUCCUGUUGCUGUGGAUAUAGAAAUGGAAAACGGUUUAAAAGAUAUUUUUAAGUAUGAUACAUAUUGUGGUAAUGUGCUGAACACAAACAAGCGUCAAAAUGGAAGACUAAUGUGGCUUUAUCUCAGAUAUUGGGAACUAACUGUUGAAUUAAAAAAGUUCAAGAGGGUAGAGAAGGCCCUGUUGGAAAAAUGAUGUGCGGGGAAAGUAGUGGCAUUUCAUGUACUAUGGCACAUGUAAUAUAUGAUGACUCACUGGUAUUCUAAAGAUGCUAAUUUCCUGUAGUACAUUCAUAUAUUUUCCCCCCUCGUCAUUGCAGCCACAUUUGCAGUACUCCCCAUCCAUGAAGGUGUCUCCACUAUUGGUGCCUUUCCAUUGAUGGGCCAACAACAAAUGCUCACUAGGCAGUGCAGUUUACCUUGAGACUGUGUCAACUGAAAGAUACACUUUGUGUUCACGGCCAGGUUAGCAGAGAGUGCUCCCAACUCCUGAUUUCCUGCAUGGCAGUGCAACAAAACUCUCAGGAAAGUACUCGGAAGUGACUGUAACAGUGAGAUUUCUUGUUAUAUUAUUUAGAUGUGAGAUGCUUUCUCUGUACCAAUGAAAAAAGUGUGGAAUCAUGUUUUCAAAUUAGAUUUGCAUGGUCUUCCAAGCUUGAUGUGCAUAUGUCACUUUACAUUACGUUAUACAAAAAAAUAUUUGCUUGAAAUACAAAGACAGGAUGCUAUUUAAAAUAAUACAGAAUGAAAAUAAAAACAAGGACUUUGAUCUGCUGCUUACUGAAGUUAAUAAAAAUGAGGGCGUGAUUGGUCUUAAAUCAGGAUUACAUGAGAGUUGUAAUCUAAAAGUUGCCACGUCAGGGGAAUUCAUACAAUGGAAAAGUAAAACAUUUAAUCACUUAUUUUUCCUUUGAGGUCUAGGUUACGAGAUUGGACUUUGCCCACCUUGGUAUUGCUGAAGGCCCUAUUGCUUUGACUGAUUGAUCUCUAACGGGUUGAUUAUUUUAAGCCCGUCUCUAGUAGACAGAUAUCCACAUCAUAAAAGCCAUCAUCACACACAGCAGAGAUUUCAAGGAUUGACUGGAUGUAGAGACUAAACAAUUCUCUUAUCCUUACAAGUAGUCCCCCCAGAUCAGGUGUGGGAUUAUAUUACCUUGGCUCAUGCACAGUGAGGAGUUGGGCAGGGAGUAAAACCAUCACUUGGAUUGAUUUUGGGGAAGUAACUGAGCAAAAGAAAUUCUCAUGGAAUUUUCCUCCUCAACUUCCCUCAUCUGGGUAUUUCAGUCAUGGGGUAAUCAGCCCAGGAUUCUGACCUAACUAGAAUUAAACAGAAGAAAUUAUGUAUUCACAGACAAAUAAAAAUAACAGCAGAGGAGUGCAGAAAAUAAAAUAUAAAGGCUUUCAUUUUUCAAGUCUGUCCUGUUUAAAGUGCCUCUUGAAAUGUUUGUUCCCUUCUGCAAAGGGAGAAAACAUUAAUCACUUACAUAAAAAAGAGCAAAAGGAAAAUGGAUAUACAGUAACUGAUAAGUAAAGUAACUGUAUUUACAUUGAUUUUGUAGAUGUGUUUAUAUCAUUGUCAAUUUCUAUUAAAUAUUGUUUACAUUGCAGCAAGAUGAGCAAUAACUGAUUAUUUCAGAAUUAAUUUUACUGAUCUCUAGGACUAAAUACAUUAUAGCAUAAUGUCUAACAUUAGGUAGAAAAAGAAAUAUGCUAAAGUGAGAAACUUGGGCUAAAUCUGACCCAAAAUAAAGGUUUUGUAACAACUGUCAUUUACAGAAACUAAGACCAACAGAAGCAUAUCCAUGGAUAUUUUCCAAAUGCCAGUGGUUCUGUCUGUGUUCUUAUAACUGUGCACACCACUAUAAUUGCUGGCUGCCUCCCAAGGGAUAGAGCAAAUACAAAAGGCUAAUGCACUAUACCAGGGUUUCCUUUGUACUUCCCCUGAGGUACUCAGGCAGUGGGUUUUUCAUUUUUGUUUUAAUUUGAUUUGAUUUUCUCCUAUGGAUUAACAGCAUUGUGCUACUUCAUAAGAACCUGAAAGUUAAACUACUAAAAUCCAGAGUGGAAGUGAUUUGGUCCUGCCUCAAUCCUAUAUCAGGACCCACUAUCCCAGACCCUUGCGUCCACACAGAGCACAGGCUGAGGGAUACACUCUAGUAGAUCUCCAUGUAGGACAGGGCCCAGGUCUUUUUUGUCAAAUCUGAGAUAAAUACAAAGAUAAAAAAUGAGCAUCCAUUUCUAUUUUGAUAGACUGCCAUUGGUUUGGCUUGGUGUACAUAAAGAAUGAAGACAGUCCACACCCUGAGGAGUUUAAAAUUAAGUUAAAGAGUGAAGUGUCAUUUUAAAAAAAAAUUCUUUGUGUUUUAAUAAGAUGUUAUUUGUAACUUAAGUAAGGAUAUCAGUUUUCAAUAUUUUUAUCCUGUCAGUAACCCUUUUAUUAAUUGUAGGUACCUCUCCUCUUAAAGUUAAAAAUAACCCUUUUUUGAUAAAAAUGAGAAAUAUAUACCCAAUACACACACUAAAGCUUUGUAAAUUUCUUUUACCUCUGUGAAAAAGGCCAAAAAUGUUUGUCAUCUUGGUUUACAUUUUUCUAUAGUUUUAUCACUGAUAGCAACUCAAAACCAUUUACAAAGAGGACAUAGAGCUGAGAGGGCAAAUCCUUUUUGAGUUUAUAUUAGUAUUUAAAUUGUGGCAUUGUUUAAUUUAUUCCUAAUACAAUGUUGUGAUGUAAUCAAUGUAUCAAAAUGCCAGUUAGUAAAGUAGAGCUUUUUUUGUCAAUACAAGAUUCUUCAAAGUUACAUUUUGUUUAACAUUAGGCUAGUUAAUGAAGGCAUGACAGUGACUCAAAGGCGAAGUCCAAAAGCACAUAAUAGAUUUAGGAGCACAAGUCCCACUGACUUUCAGUGGGACUUGUGCUCCUAAAUUUCUUAGGCACUUUUGUAACUCUCUCUCUCGCAAUAGAUAAGGUUGUGCUGGACGUUCCACUGUAAGCUUUAUUUUGUCCCUGGCGCUUCAAAUUUUGAUCUGAGGAGGUAAUUGAUUUGCAAUAUAAUGUAGGGUAUAAGAAGAUCUUUUUCAGAACAUUUCAUACUAUGUCGUACUACAGUUUUCAAUUAACAGUUAAAAAAAAAUCAACAUUUUGCUGCACUGUUUCAUGGGGUUGUUUGUUUGUUUGCGGGGCAGUGGAGGGGUUGAUCUCUUGAUAUAGGACAGGCUUUUAUACUCCAAAUUGACACUUGUAUAGUUUGGUCUGAACUCUCAUGCACAGGAUACUUUGAAAACCCUUUGGAAUUUUUUUCUUUUAACAAAAAGAGAAGCAACAAAUAAUCAUCACAAAAUUGAUCCCCGCCAAUUUUAUCCCUGCCAAUAGAUGACAUUAGCUGGCAUGAGAAAAACACUUCAGCCAGUCAGUUAGUGUAUUUGUUACAUAAGUCCACUUGCCUUCUACCAUGCUUCCUCAAACAUCCCACACACCCCAGCUCCCUUCAUGCAAUCUCCAAUACUCCUGACUCCUUCCUAUGGAUCCCCAUAUCACCCCAACCCACCCUCAGUGUUCAGAGGCUCCUUGGGGGCCCGCAUUACCUCUGUGAGCCUAGUUAAGGUCAGACUCAGUGAGCCAAAAUAGUCUAAUUGGAAACUGACAAGCCUCUUUGAGGUGGCGGAGAGGGCUGUCAAAUACUCUGUUCCUUGGCUCUCACCAUGUCCCAUCCCAUACAAAGUGCCCACAGCCUUUCAGCCUAGUCACACUCCGCCCAAUAUACCAGUUCCUCUGUCUUCUUGCUGCCCUCUUUUGUAUCUUGCCCCGUCCCUUCUUUGCCUGCCCCACAAUGCCUCCUAACGCCUUUCCUCUCUCAUGCAACCUAAUCUAGAGUGACCAGAUCCUCUGAGCCUUCGGCUCUAGGCUUCCAGCUGUCCGUAGCUCCAGCACCACUCCAUCACUUCCUCAGUAUUCUGACAAUUACAUAACAAUAGCUAAACAAAGAGAAACUGUGAGAAUAAGCUAAUAUGUGUAUGUUGAUUGCAUACAUCAUAGAGAUGCUGAUUGCAGCUUCAUUGAUAAAGAUGCAUUGAGUGUUCCUUUGUAAGUCAUGUCUUGACACACAGCCUACGCUCAUCCAUAAAACGUUAUAGGAAGGAGCUAUUACUGUGAAAUAUUGGAAAUGAAUCUAAGGGAGGAGCUUAAUAAAGUUUUAUGUUUGGGGAUAUUUAGAGGAUUUAGAGGUGAAGUUACUAUCAACAUUAGCCUAAUCCUUCUGUAUCCCUGUCAUAGUUUCUGGAACAGUGUAGGUAGAUUGAAACAAAGUGCCUGUGAGUGCGAGGUGGGCUAAUAUUUUACAAUAUACGAUACAGAACACUCCGCUGAUUUCUAGAGGAAGUGCCCAUGUAACUUGGAGCAGAAUUUGGCCCAAAGAGUUCAGAGACCAGAAUGCAUCCAUCAUGUGCUGAAAGACGAUGUCACUGAGUGUGCAGUCAGUACGAUAGACUGAGGUAUAUGGAGAGCCAGUGUAAACAUACAUCUUGUCAUACAUGGUUGCUUGCUUAAAAUAUGAAUCAUUAUUUGUGAUAGGUUAGUUAUCUGUAAGUAAGACAAUUAGCCACAUUGUCAGGUAGUUCAAGCUUAAAAGUGUCUGUUUCUUAAAUAUUAAUGGAAAUGUAUUAAAUAACGGAGGGGGGGGGGGUUCUUUUCAGAGUUAAAUGGAAAGUAUAUUGUUUGGGUUUAAAUUCCUUCCGCAAUCCUCUUUGUCGGGUGCUGUCUUCCCCUGCAGCAUAUAUAGCUGUGAUAAGUUUACAGUCAGAAACAUUUCUUCACUUACUGUGUACAUUACCAUGCACACCUUUGAUUCUGUAUAUACUCAUUAAAUAAAAAUUAAAGGGAUGGACUGCAGCAAACAGGUUAGUCAUCACCCACACAAAUAGCCAAAAAAGACAGGCAGCCAGUAAACAUGGUUUCUGAGGAAAUUUGGGGAUCUAAUAUUGGCAGGUGCCAUCUCCACAUUAUCUGUUCUUGGAGAUUUUCCAAAGUGUUUGCUUUCAUGAAUCACUGAGUCUCUGAAAACAAUCUAUUUGUGCACCUCCUGGCUUCAUAUUUACCUAUCAAAAUAGGACGAUAAUUAUGUCACAGGUAGCCUACUAACAGGUAACAAAAAAAAGUACUGCUCAAUGCUACAACAGAACUUUGCAUUGUAUUAUAAUUAGAAAAAUGUUAGUUUCCCAUGCGUAUACCGAAAAUAUACUCAAUGUGUACAAUUCUGUCCCAAACUUCUGCCUGUCUGGUACCUACCUGUGUAUGCAUCUAUUAAAUGUAAAUAAAGACUUGGAAAAUAAAAACA